AUGGGUGUCUUUGGCGAGAAACACACUUCCUUGACGCGCGAGCAGAAGCGCCAAUUGAUCCACCAGGCCGACACUCACAAAUUGCGCCCAACAGAGGUCUGCGAUUGGGUCUUGGCUACCUGGGGUCUGAGGAUCGCCAGGGUGACAGUCUACUCGAUCCUCCACAAGCAACGUGCCUCCUUGAUGGCCGGCCACAAGGAUCUGUACCAGUCCAUGCAGAACAGCGUUCAAGCCCUCCAACAGUCUUCAUCCAAUGCAUCUUCAUCCUCGUCGUCCACAAACACCUACUUGGCCACCGAGGAUGCGUGCCUUGAGCGUGACCCAACCACCAGACGGAUCAACAAGUACCAGACCACCACAGCAGCCGGUAGGCGAGCCCGGAGCACCGCCAGUAGCAGUACGCGCAGUUCCAGCGUGAUGCCUGAUUUCUCUUCUAUGCCGCUCAUCCCUUCCGGUGAAGGUGCACGUUGGGAAGGCCAAUUGAAGCGCGUGCGUGAGCCAGCCUCGGUUGACCUCGACCGAGCCAUGGUCCAGUUCCUGAAAUCCUCGGCCGCUGUUGAUGAGCACGGCCGUCGCCUCAACGACGCCGAGCUGCAGUCCCAUGCCCUCCGCCUCGCCCGUGGUAUCCCUAGUGCCAGCCGCAUGCGUUGCUCCUUUGGCUGGCUUAGGCACUUCAAGCGCAGACUGGGCGUCCAGUGGGCUGUCGACCGGCUCGGACGACACCGUUGGAUCGUAGAAAUGGAUCCCUUCGGUUCCUCUUCCGUAUCCGCCUCCUCUGAAACGGCCCUUCCCUCCUCUCCCUUGGCAUCCACACUCUCCUCCUCCACAUCUGUGUCAGCAACAAUAAUUCAAACAUCAGCUAAUGUCGCUCAACCCCUUGUUGGCCCCUCCUCGUCUGCUCUCAAUCGCUCUCGUCGCCAAGGCAAGGUAGCCAAGCAUGAGCAUGGCAACAACAACCACAUCCAGUCACCACAAUCUCAUGCUACCCCAGACCAACUCACCAACAAUGGCAGCACCAGCAACGAAGAUAACAACGACGAUGAUGAUGAUGAAGAGGAAUACCAUUCUAGUCACGAGUUGUUGGGGAAGGAGCACGACUUUACUUCGCCCACCCCUUCCUAUACCACCCCAAUUAGCAACAACACCAUCCCUUCCCUCGCCUCGGCGAAGCACACUCGGUCCACAUCGACAUCGACCUCAGCCUCGGCCUCGACGACUUCAACCUCCGCCACUGCUUACAGCCAUGGCUCGACCUUGAGACAUCAUGCACAGACACCCCUCUUCAAUCUGGACCUGCAUCAGCAACAGCAACAGCAACAGCACAGAUUGUAUUCGUCGAGUGGCAACGCCAGCACCAGUGAUCCAGCUGGCGUGGAGCACUUCCGACUGAACUCCACCGACCCUUCCUCCAUCCCUACCACCACAACGUCAACAACAGCAUCCGUGGGUACGAGUAGUUUCCCGUCCUUGACCAGUUCAUUGGAACAACAGAUGUUUUUCGCGCACCAGCAUGCGCUUCAACAGCAGUUUGCCUUGCAUCAGCAGCAGCAGCUGCAGCGCCAACAACAACAACAACAACAACAACAACAACAACAACAACAACAACAACAACAACAGCAACAACAACAGCAACAACAGCAACAACAGCAGCAGCAUAACUUUGUCCUCUCUCACCAGUAA